GUCGCCUCACGCCGCGGUUUGCCCCGGACGCUCGCGCUCUUGUCUCGGGUGGUGGUGGUGGUGAGGAGGAAGAGGAGGAGGAGGAGCCGCCGCUUGUGGCGGAUAGCGGGGGAAAUAAAGGAGAAAAAAAAAUGUUGGUGCUGGUAUUAGGAGACCUUCACAUCCCCCAUCGCUGCAACACGCUGCCAGCCAAGUUCAAGAAGUUGCUGGUGCCGGGUAAGAUCCAGCACAUCCUGUGUACGGGCAACCUUUGCACCAAAGAGAGCUACGACUACCUUAAAACGCUGGCUGCAGAUGUCCACAUUGUCAGAGGUGACUUUGAUGAGAACCUGAAUUACCCUGAGCAGAAGGUGGUAUCUGUGGGGCAGUUUAAAAUCGGAUUGAUCCACGGGCACCAGGUCAUUCCCUGGGGCGACAUGGCCAGCUUGGCACUGCUACAGCGCCAGCUGGAUGUGGACAUCCUCAUCUCCGGGCACACGCACAAGUUCGAGGCCUUCGAGCAAGAGAGCAAGUUCUACAUCAACCCGGGCUCAGCCACGGGGGCAUACAACGCACUGGAAAGCAAUAUCAUCCCUUCGUUUGUAUUGAUGGAUAUCCAGGCAUCGACGGUAGUCACUUACGUUUAUCAGCUGAUUGGCGAUGACGUGAAAGUAGAAAGAAUUGAAUACAAAAAAUCCUAAACCAGCUUCUCUAUUCCACCUCUACCCCCCACCAGGCCUUUUUUUUACAAGGUUAUUCCUUUUGUUUCCUGUUGGAACCCAGGGCACGUUAACAGAUCUUUCUGUGUAUCAUAAGUCAAACAAUGUAUUUUAUUUCUAGUAGCAUUAACUGUUCAUCCCCGGCACAGCACAAGAAAGGAACUUAACUAAUUGUACACUUGCACACCAAGGCACACGCCUUGCUCAAAACAAUGCCACAUUAUUUACAAUGCGUUUUCAGUCAUGUAAAUACUUCUACGCUUACAAGUAGUGGAGCAGUGCUUGGAAAAUCAUGUGCUUAAUUUGUAUGAAAUACUUAACAAAGGGGUCUUUGUUUCCUUUUUUGGUGUUUAAAACUUUGUUGCUCUAUAUAAAAUGUUUCCCUUCCCACAAAUUCUAAUAAAACCAUUCUCCUAAGCGCUU